AUGAAGCAUCCAAACAUCGUCACUUUCAUCAGCUCUUUCCAGGAGCGGGGUCUUCUCUACAUCGUGAUGGAAUAUUGUGAUGGAGGAGAUCUGAUGAAGAAAAUUCAGAUGCAGAGAGGAAAACUCUUCACUGAAGACAAGAUCCUGUUCUGGUUUGUUCAGAUCUGUUUGGGACUGAAGCACAUUCACGACAGGAAGAUACUACACAGAGACAUUAAGGCACAGAACAUCUUCUUGGCCCAAGGAGACCUGAAGGUGAAGUUGGGAGAUUUUGGGAUCGCGAAACGCCUCAACAAUACUCUGGAGUUGGCGCGUAGUUGUGUUGGAACUCCGUAUUACCUCUCGCCAGAGAUCUGCGACAACAAGCCCUACAACAACAAGACGGAUAUGUGGUCUCUGGGCUGUGUCCUGUAUGAGCUCUGCACAUUGAGACAUCCGUUCGAGGCGUGUGGUCUUCGUCAGCUGGUGGUGUGUAUCUGUCGUGGCCGCUAUGCCCCGCCCCCUGGUCACUACUCGCCCCGCCUCCGGCAGCUGAUUGGUCAGCUGUUUAAAGUCCCGCCCCGAGAUCGCCCGUCAAUCAACACGCUGCUCAAACUGCCACUGCUGCAGUCAUGUAUUAAACAACACCUAAACACACAGGUGCUUGAGGAGGAGUUUAGUCAUACUGUUCUGCACAGCGACAGAGAAAACAGAAGACCUCCCCCAGGUCCCCAGUGUCGGGCUCCAGAGAAGGAAAGGCCCCCCCGAGAGGAAAUCAAAGACCCCCACAAGGUGGGCCUCUAUAACCAUGGCAACAUCCCUGCUCAGCAGCAUCCUGUAUCCCAGCAGCAGCAGCAUCAGCAUCAGCAUCAUCUCCAUGGAGACCAGCAGCAGCAUCUCCUCACUCCAGAACCCUACCAGCUGGUUGCAGCAGCCAGGGAGGAGUACCUCAGAAGAAGAGACGACGCCAACCGCUACAAACUCAGAGCAGAGAAGCAACUGGGCAGCCGUGGCCUUAUGGUUAUAGGGAGGUGGUUUUAA